AUGGCAUUCACUCGCAGACUGGCCAUUCUUCCUGGAGGCCUCGGAGGUCUGGGAACCAGCAUAGGCCAAAAGCUACGCCAACAAGGAGCCCGUCUCGCCAUUCUUUACGCCCCAUUCGAAGCAGCACGCCGUGAUGAGCUCCUGGAAUCAGGCUACGGCGCAAGCAGUAGCCUAGACGACAUCCACACCUACGAAUGCGACAUAACUUCCCCAGACUCAGUCCAGUCGGCCUUCAACUCCCUCGAAAAGGAAAUCGUAGAACCAACCUCAUCACCCGAAUCCGGACGGGCCUUUCCAAGCAUCCUCAUCAACACAGCCGGCUACGUAUCUCUCAGCGACAUGGAGCUCACUCCACCCGAAGAGACCCUCAAGCAUCUAACAACUAACCUCUACGGCCCAAUGCUCUGCUCACAAGCAUUUGCACGGCUGUACUUCGCGGCCUCAAAAGCUGCCUCGGCAUCACGGAGCCCGCCGCCCCCAGGAAGGAUUGUUAGCAUAUCCUCCCAGGCGGCGCAUGCUGCUCUGCACCGCCAUGGCGCGUACUGUGCAUCCAAGGCUGGAUUGCUGGGUUUGACGCGCAGUAUGGCUUCUGAGUGGGGUGGUAAAGGGAUCACAGCUAAUACAGUGUCUCCUACUGUUGCGUGGACGGAGCUGGGGAAGAAGGCUUGGGGGGAGGAGAAGGUUCGGAAUGCUUUUUUGGAGGGUAUUCCUACGGGCAAGUUUGCGCUUCCCGAAGAAGUUGCUGACUCUGUUCUGUUUCUUUGCCAGGAUUCUAGCGGUAUGAUUAAUGGGGCGGAUAUUCGAGUUGAUGGCGGAUUUACUAUUCGAUAA